UGCUGGAGGUGUUUGAUCGGGAUCAUGGAGCUGGUCUUUCUGUCAGCCUGUCACUCUCUGCACCUCUAACCCUCCAGCUGCCCCACUAUGGCGCUGCCGGAAAACGACUCCUGCUCCGUGGCUGACCUCCCCGAGUUCAAUCGGUCAGUGGACGGCGGACACACACCGGAGUCGGUGAUUGUGCCUGUGGUGUUCGGGCUCAUUUUCGUGUUGGGGGUGGUGGGGAACAUUCUAGUGCUAGUAGUGAUAGGGAAGGUGGGGUACAGCGCAGGUGGGGGAGGCGGCGGUGGAAGUGGAGGAGGAGUUGGGAGGCGCUCGCUUAGCCCGACCAACAUCUUCAUCCUGAACCUGAGCGUGGCGGACCUCGGCUUCCUGCUCUUCUGCGUGCCCUUCCAAGCCACCAUUUACACUCUGCCGGAGUGGGUGUUCGGGGCCUUCCUCUGUACGUUUGUACACUACAUCUUCACCGUCAACAUGCUUGUGAGCAUCUUCACGCUCGUGGCCAUGUCCGUGGACCGCUACAUUGCCGUGGUGCGCUCCAACAAAUCUCUGAGCGUCCGGAGCCCAAGGAACGCACUGGCAGGGCUGUGCGUCAUCUGGACGAUGUCUCUGGUGUGCUCGGUGCCGGUGGCCAAGCACCAGGGCCUCAUUAGCUACCACAACGGAACUUUCUGCUGGGAGGACUGGGCCGGAGCCUCCAAAAACGCCUACAAAGUGACCCUCCUGGUGUUGGGGUACCUGCUACCGCUGCUCCUCAUCAGCUGCUGUUACACUAAGAUUUUAUUUCAUCUCCAUAAAAAAAUGAAGAACAUGUCCAAGAAGUCUGAGCGCUCCAAAAAAAAAACGGCUCAGACGGUCCUCCUGGUCGUCACUGUCUUCACUAUCUGCUGGAUGCCCCACCACAUCAUCGUCAUGUGGGCGGAGUUCGGCACUUUCCCCCUGACCCAGGCGACCUAUGUCUUCCGCCUGGUGUCCCACUGCCUGUCCUAUGGAAACUCCUGUGUUAACCCCAUCCUGUACGCCUUCCUGUCUGAGAACUUCCGCAAAGCCUGUCGCAAGGUCUUUACCUGCUACUUCCUGUACCCACCGCCGCCCACAGAAAAUGUGGUUCGUUUUCGCAUGGAAAACUUCUCCACCACACACUCCACCACCAACAUAUGAAGGGCCAAGAUAAAUGAAGCUCAGGGUGCUUAUCCAGCAGUAAAUGAGGGAAAGCUUUGUCUGAGUGGAUCUGCUGCAGGCAGGUCACAUGAAAAUAAGACGGCGUGUGAUUGGAGGAUUUAUUCACAAGAAAACAAGAGACUCAUCAGAAACUUGCAGAGCCUGCUGGACUGCUUUAAGUUUUGUGUAAAGAUAUUUCAGAUGAUAUUGUUUUUAAGCUUUAAACUUAAUAUUAAAAAAACAUUUUGUGAUGUGUUGUUUUUUUUAUCGAAAAUUUUGAAACUUUCAUACUUUCACGUUUUUUUUGUUGUUGGUUUUUUUUUUAAAGCAGAAGAAUUUUUUCAGACCAUUAACGCAACCUGAAAUCUUUCAGUUUGAAAAUGUAAA